UGACACGGGACAAGAGCGGGACACUGGCUACUUUAGAGGCGUCCAUUGAACAAGUUCAAGGUCGCAAAGACAUUCUCGAUGUCAUCGCACUCAAUUCUCUCGAAGCUCAUCGACUCUCCGUAUCAGCUCUGGAACAUCUACUACCAUUUUGACUUAAUUAAUGCCUAACUUCCUUGGAGUCAAAGUUUUAACAAGACCCUAGCUUCAGAAACGAAACGGGAGAAGAUCAUGGAGCAUCGUCAUCUCGCUGGAAUCCAGUGGUGGCCUGCACUGGUUAUUUUGGCGUUCAUGGGAACACAAGGAGUUCUUUGUGCGGCAGUAGCACUGCCUGAAGCUGAACCUUUACCCCUUGCUUUUGCCGAGCCUGAGGCCCUUCCUCAAGCCUCUCCUUGGCCUGAGCCCAUUCCAAUGCCUUGGGCGUUUCCGGACUCGGAUCCUGAGCCACUAGCUGCAUCUUCGACUGGUGGAGGCUGUGGACCUCCGAGGCUGAGCUCGCCCUGGCCGAACAUCACGGCGUCUCAUGGGCAGCCUUUUAAACUUUCUUGCCCACUUGACACUCGGAACUCUUGUCUCAUUGACCGAGUGGAGUGGUACUUUAGUGCGCAGAAUCCAGGCGUUCCAUCGAGCGGAAUCGAGACCCGUCGUAAACUACUGAAGCACAUGGCCCUGGCUUUUGAUCCCUUGAUGCUCUACUUUCCCUCAGUGUCCCAGGAACACUCGGGUUGGUACACCUGCAUGGUUGGCAACACUCAAGGAAUGUCCGAGGCUUCUUCGUUCUUGGAUGUGAGGCACAGGCGAGGAACAAGACGGCGGUUCCAAUCCCGACCUUCGCAAGCGGUACCACAGCGCCAGCAGCAACAAAGGGUUGUGCAGGUUGUUCCAACCCAAACCCAGUCACAGAUCUCUGAAUCGAGAGAAGAAACCGAAUCUCAGAACGGGGUCCAAUCGCGUUUCUCGGUCUAUGCUCGUUUCCGUGGAGAUCGAGGCUUUCGAAAUCCAAACCAAGCCGCACCUCAAGCUCUUCAACGCCGAGAUCCAAUCCAAUCGCGAAAUAAUGACCGGAACAAGCCAGUGGAAUCAGUUGACCAGACCCAUGAGCAAGGCCUCGAUGCUGUGCAUCAACACUUACGCUACAUCUAUGACAAAGUGGACCAGAUUGACAACCAGAUGACAAAUAUUGAGCAAAGAAUCUCCAGGCUUGAGAGGAAUUGAAAGAAUGCUUGCCUUUCGAGGGGCAGUAACGGCAUCAACAACAACAACAGCCACAUUAACCACAACAACAACAGCAACAGCAACAACAACAGCACAGUAUACUUGUAGGUUCAGUGGGUACACCGUUACUUGCCAACUUAGGGUGUGACAACCAGGGGCUAGAAUGAAACGACAGGGGAUACGUAUAGGAUUCGUACAUCUACUGAACAAAAGUCAGUGGAUGGAUGUUGCUUCGCUUGUAAAUAAACGAUAACAGAUGCGCCUCAA